ACAUCAACCCUGAACACUGAAGACUUUUCAUCACAAACAGCAGCUCUUCUCUCUCUGUCAGUGCAAACAUGAAGACUCUGGUGACUCUCAUGCUUCUGACUCUGAUCUGCUUCCUGCGAUACAGCUCUACCGCUCCAGUUGCAGCACAGGCUUUGUUUAAACAACAAUGCUGUCAAAACUGCAACGCCACCAUGAUUCCUAGAGGGAGGGUGAGACACGUGGAGUCGAGCCCCAGUCACUGUACAGUCAAGGCAGUUAUAGUCACAAGUGUGUGUGGUAAGAAGAUCUGUAUUGAUCCCAACACGAAAUGGACUCAGAAGCUGCUGUCUGAUUUCAAGAUGUCAAUGGCCAACAAGACGUCUCCAUCUCCCCCGUUCAAUGUCAUAAAGUGUCCAGUGUGAGAAAGCUGUCGUAUUAUAAUUAUAUGUGGAUUAUGUUCUUUAUGUCACUGACAUUGUGAGAAAGUUUGGUUGUAGUAAAACUCAAAAUGCCUUUUUAAAGACAUCAACCAGAGAAAAUAAGAGCUGCAACAUUAUAUAAUAUUUUAAAUAUGUACAGUUAAUUCCUGAUUUAAUGUUUGUUAGACUACAGGAGGAUAUUUAAACUGUAUUAUUGUUACACAAUGUACUGAUCACAUCUAAAUAAAAGCUUUAUUUUUGGA